AUGUCAUAUUCCAACAAAACCGACUUCACCAACCCCUCCACCUUCAUCCUGCUGGGCAUUCCUGGCCUGGAGGAGGCCCAUGUCUGGAUCUCCAUCCCCUUCUGCACCAUGUACGUCAUAGCCAUCUUGGGGAAUGUCAUCAUGCUGUUUAUCGUGAAGACAGAACCAAGCCUCCAUAAGCCUAUGUACUAUUUCCUCUGCAUGCUGGCCAUUACUGACCUCGUCCUGUCUACAUCCACCCUGCCCAAAACACUGAGCAUCUACUGGUUCAGUUCCAAGGAGAUCGAUUUCAGUGCCUGCCUUUCCCAGCUGUACUUCAUUCACUGCUUUUUAGUGAUGGAGUCUGGGAUCUUUGUGGCCAUGGCUUUUGAUCGCUACAUGGCCAUCUGCCAUCCUCUCAGACAUUCCACCCUCCUGACAAACUCCAUGGUUGCCAAGAUAGGCCUGGCUGUGGUGUUUCGCGGUAGCAUCCUCAUACUGCCCUAUCCCUUCCUGGUGAGACAAUGGCCAUAUUGCAGAACCAACAUCAUCCCCCACACAUGCUGCGAGCAUAUAGCCGUGGUGAAGCUGGCCUGUGCUGACACCCGCAUCAGUAGUUACUAUGGCCUCUUUGUGGUAUUCUGUGUGAGGGGUCUGGAUAUGAUUUUUAUUGCUGUGUCCUAUACCCAGAUCCUCAAGGCCAUCUUCAACCUCCCCACAAAGGACACACGGCUCAAGGCUUUGGGGACCUGCAGCUCCCACCUCUGUGUCAUCUUAGCCUUUUACAUCUCAGGUCUCUUCUCCUCCCUCACAUACCGGUUUGGCCAUAAUGUGCCCCUGCAUUUCCACGUUCUCAUUUUUAACGUGUACCUCCUGGUGUCCCCCAUGCUCAACCCCAUCAUCUACGGGGUGAGGACCAAACAGAUCCGGGACAGGCUGCUCCGGCUCUUUACUCAUAAAAGGAUGUAA